AUGCUGGGUGAUUAUCUUGUUGGUGCAUAUAUUCCAAUUGGUAUUAAGCUAUUGCACGAAUCUAGAUUGCGAAGAGAAUUGAAACGGAUUGGCAGUGAUGGCAUGUAUGACAAGUAUGGGUUCACAACCAAGUACAACGAAUUUUGGCUAAUAUCUAUGGCUGGUGUUUUGAUUAGGAUUGACAUCAGUUAUGGAGGUCGAAACCAUGUCACUCUGGAUGUAUAUGCAAAUGUAUACAAUGGAGCCAAACACAAACUAGAUCUAAAACAAUAUGACAAAGGGUUUCCAGUGAUUGUAUUUGUAUACGGUGGUGGAUGGUGUUCAGGUGACAAAAAUUUGUAUGCACCGUUGGCGAGAACAUUGAACCGACUGGGAUAUAUUGUUGUUGUUCCCAAUUACUCAUUGUGGCCCAUUGGAUCAAUGGAUGAUAUGGUUCACGAUGUGGGUUGUGCGAUUAAAUGGACAUUCAAGCAUAUCGAAUCGUAUGGUGGAAAUGUAGACCGUGUCAGUGUAAUGGCACAUUCAGCAGGUGCACAUCUCUCCGUGUUGGCAAUGAUUCGCAAUGCUGAAAAGUUGUCAUUUUCCAAUAGUGUUAAAAACGAGGAUAGUUGUGAUGCAUUAUCUCGUGUUUACAGCAUGAUCAUGAUAUCUGGGCCGUAUGACAUUUCAGAUCACUUGGUAUUUGAAUCAAGUCGUGGUAUUGAUGAAGUUUCGUGCAUGGCAAGGUUACUUGAUAAUGAUUACAACAAAUUUCAUCAAGCAUCUCCAUCACAAAUUGACCAUCUUUUUACCACAACUCAACUCAAGCUUAUUCUAAAAUGGCUUCCAACCAACUGGCUAAUUAUUCAUGGCCAAUAUGACGCGGUUGUUCCGUUUACAUCCAGUAUGAAGCUAUAUAAUGCAUUGAAGAACGUGGGUGUUGAUCAUAUAUUUCUCAAAACCUAUACCCACAUUGGCCAUGCAAAGAUUAUAUUUGAUCUGAUGCUUCCAAAGCAAGAGGUGGAACUUGAAGAUGAACUGAAUUGGUUUUUUGGAAUGUGUGCGAGUGUCGAAGCAUUCAAGACUCGACACGAGUAAUUUAAACCACGUGUUUAUGAUUUCACUUUUGAAUUGAAUUA